AUGGGCGCUCAUCAUUCGCGCCGUUCACAUUCAAGUCGAUAUUGUCAAUCGACAACGGUGCCACCAACAAAUGGAGCACUACCGAUAGGAUCAGACGAUCAACCAAAAUCUUUACCAUCACCACCGAAUACUGAAUUAAUUCGACGAAAAAAACAUCGUCAAAUGGAUAGAUUAAGACGAACAUUAAGUUUUCGUAGUAGAAAAAAAGGACAUACAGCUAAUAAUAAUAAUAAUAAUAAUAAUAAUAAUGAUAAUAAUCAUUUAAGUACAACAACCCCAAUUAAAAAUGUUAAUAAUACAACAACAACAGCUGAGAAUAAACCACUACAAUGGCAAGAUGAUGAAAAAGCUGUACGUGCUGGUGCUUGUAGUUUUAAUGUUAAGUAUCUUGGAAGUGUUGAAGUUCAAGAAUCACGAGGAAUGCAUGUUUGUGAACAAGCUAUACAAGCUUUAUUAAAUCAAAAAGUAAAACAUAUUAAAGCUGUUUUACAUAUAUCUGGUGAUGCUCUUCGAGUUGUUGAUGAAACAAAUAAGGGUCUUAUUGUUGAUCAAACAAUUGAAAAAGUUUCAUUUUGUGCACCCGAUCGUCAUCAUGAUAAAGGCUUUGCAUAUAUAUGUCGUGAUGGUACAACACGUCGAUGGCUUUGUCAUGGUUUUCUUGCUAUUAAAGAUUCAGGUGAACGUUUAAGUCAUGCUGUUGGUUGCGCAUUUCAAAUUUGUCUAGAACGUAAACAAAAACGUGAUCGUGAAUGUAGUGUUACUGUUGAAUAUUCUCAAAAUGGUACAUCUUUUACACGUUUCGGUUCAUUUCGUACAACAUCUAUUACUGAACGUAUUAUUGAUCCACAAAGUGCUAUUAUUGCUGAACCAAUUCCGUCUAAUUCAACAGCAACAUCAAAUUUAAUAAAUUCAUCUAAUCAAAAAAAUGGUGUCAUUGAAAGACCACGACCUAAAGGAAAUGAUUCUGAUGCAUUUAUACGUAGUGCAUCACUUCGUUUAGGUGAUCUUAAUCAAACAUCAUCAGGUGUUUUUAAACGACAAAGUUCAUUAAGACCCAGUGAUUUGCCAUCAAUACAAGAAGCAAAAUAUAAAGAGUUACCUACGAAUACAAUUCUAGAAGAAGUAGAGCCUGUGUUAACAACGAAUGAACUUAAUAAAUUAUCGUUAAUUGAUUCAACAAAUACAAAUCAAGUUAAUCCUUCUACUCAACCUACAAUAAAACCUUCAUCCAUUCCAUCAUCGUAUUCAUCAAUUACGAAUACUAUUAAUACUAAUCAUAAUAUAUAUACAAAUGAAAAUUUAUCAUCAAAUGUUUGGUUAACAAAUCAAGUUCCAAUUGUUAAUGAUCAAAUACAAGAACAAUAUGAAUUAAAGUCACCGCCACUACCAACAUCAAUUAAUGAUGCAUUCGAUUCAAAUCUAAAUGCUCUUGUUCAAAGUAAUAAUCCAACAAAUCCAUUUUCACCAUAUGGUUAUUCAAUGGCUGCUCAAGCACAAUCUCCAAAUAUAAAUAAUCGACAACCAACAAUAUUUACACCUAAACGCGGUACGAAUCCAUUUGAUGAUGAUCUUAUACGGCGAUGA